CGAUGGUGUGUUCUAUAAGUAACGACGCUGUCUAAUGUGGUUACCGGUGACAAUAACUGAGUAAUAUGUUAUUGGUCAGCAGUUUUUUAAAAUCAGUCCGUCAGUCAACAAAUAUAGUUUUCUAAACAUGGCUUCAUUGGUAGGCACAGAUAGCGGUCGGGUAAUUGCUGCUACCCAACGACCAGAUGGAAGCUGGAGGAAAGAGCGACGAGUGAAGGAUGGUUACACUCCUCAAGAGGAGGUUCCUUUGUAUGAAAGUAAGGGAAAACAGUGGGCCAGUAGCAAACCAGCCUAUCCUCCAGGACUUGAUCCUAAGCUUAUAAAGGAAGGAGAAGUUAAAGAAAAAAAGAAAAAAAAGAAAGGCUCUGGUAGUGGCCAGGCACAACAGCCUCAAAGGGCUCCCUUAUCUGAAGUUAGAAGCACUGCUGACGUUACACCAGUUAGAGCUGAGGAGAAGUGGGAAACAGUCGAUGGAAAAGGGAGGGGCAAUAAAGGGGCUAAGAAAGAUCAUAUAAAAGAAAUAAUAAUCAAGAAAGUUCAGCCAGAAGUCUCUAAAUCUCCUCAAGUACAGCAAGAGCCUGCCAAAAAAUUAAGGAAUCUGAAGAAAAAACUAAAAGAAAUUGAACAACUUGAAGCCAGGAUUAAGUCAAAAGAACUUAAAAACCCAGAUAAGGACCAGUUGAGUAAAGUGGCUAGGAAGUCAGAGACAGAAGAGGCUAUUGAAGCUCUAGAACUGGAAAUAUCAUCUCUGAAUAUUGCUAGUUAGGUUCUUGUUUAGUCUUUAAAUUGAAAGUUUUUUAAUUCUAUCGGAUUAGGAGGUAUGAGUUUGUUCAUUAACGAGUAGAGGCAACUCAUUAGCUGUACAUAUAUUAUAUUUUUACUGAGAAAAAUAAUACUUGCCAUUUUAAAUGGGGAUACUUAUAUCUUCAUAAAAUGAAUCAUAUAUUUUUAAAUGCUAUUUAAGCUUUUUAAAGUGGCUGGAUAGUAGUUUUCAAUAAAUUGACUAUGUACAUUUUUUUUUUUUAAUAUUAAAAGUAUAAUAAGUACUUUAAUAUGUUCAAAGAAAGUAACUUUUAUUUGAUGGAAAUAUGUUGAGGCUGCUGUGGGGAAAGUGAACAGAAAUACAAAUUAUUUUUACAAUUUUACAUUUUUCAGUAUCCAUAUACGUUUUCUUUAUUUGUAGUAAUGUAAAGUACUCAUCUUGUUCUACUAAAACAGGAAAUAUAAUUUUCAUUUGUGAAGAUGAUCUUCACUUGUUAGUAAAGCACAUCAUGGAGGAGUACAAAAAUUGAUUAAAAAAAAUAGUUACCUCUCUCCUUUGAAGUAUUAUUUCUCUAAAACUAUAUGAGCUAAGCAUUUAUCACUUUGAUUUAUUAACUUAAAUGUACCUUUGGUACUAUGAAUAUAAUUUUGAAUUCAGAAGCUGAACAAAUAGAAUGGUAAUUUAUUGUGUAAUAUUGUAAUUAAUGUUCUAUUCCAUUGAUUUCUCAUGGUUUUGUUCAUUGUAAAACAAAAUUAUAUGAUUAAUGCAAAAGAUUUACUACAAACCAUAUUAGGUUGUAGUAGCUCAUAUUCCAAUUAUGCUAUACAAUAUGAAAAAUGUAUUUGCUCAGGUCAUUUAGUCACUUGUUGGUUAUUGUUAAAUAAAAAAUAAAUACAAUUAUUUUAUCACUUUGUGUACAAUAUGGUAGCAUAGUUUUUUAAGCUUAUAAUUAUUACCAUACAUUUUUUUUACCAUUAUUACCAAAUAAAUUUAAUUUUUCUGUAAUAUUGAUAUAAAAAGUUAAGAUUAAAAUUUAAUCUUUAAGAUACAUAAUUAAAAAUUUAAGGUACAACUUUAAUUGUAUUGGUCGGAAAUUAAUUUUUUCUAAUUUACCUCUAUAUUAUGCUCAUGUGUUCUAGUUAUUACAAUGGAAAUUAAUUCUGGUAUAAUAAAGAUCUCUCAGCAGACAUUUG